AUGGUACAGUACUGUUGCCUACGCAUAGAAGCUGCGGCGAAUCAGGUGUUCGAGUGUCCCAAGUGCCGCAAGAGCUACGUCCAUAAGAGAAGUCUCAGGAAACACCAGCGCUUCGAGUGUGGGAACCAGAGGCCCUUCAGCUGUCACAUGUGUCCCUACAAGGCCUCACAGAAAGGGACACUCAAGAGCCACAUUCAACCUUUAAUUCCAGAUAAGUCACUGUCCACGUCAAAGCAGUCCAGUAACUUCUUUGUUCUCAAAAAUACCGAGGACGAGAGCACCCGGUACCGCUGUGGUUCCUGCGGGAAGGACUAUCUUCACAAGUCCAACCUGAUCAAGCACCAGAGGUUCGAGUGUGACCGCCAGCGGCGCUUCUGUUGUCCGGUCUGUCCUCACAAGGCUUCUCAGAAAGGCAACCUCAAGCGUCACGUGCUCAUCAAACACAGCGGCUACGAACACAAGUUGUUAGACCACAUCUACCGUGACGUGUGUGGCCGCUCCUACAAGUACAAGGACAACUUGACCCGUCACAAGCGCCAGGAGUGCGGCAAGGAGCCUCAGUUCGCUUGUGUUAACGUGUUCCCAUGGAUGAAAUCUCAACCCCAGCCACACAGCUGUGACGUGUGUGGCCGCUCCUACAAGUACAAGGACAACUUGGCCCGUCACAAGCGCCAGGAGUGCGGCAAGGAGCCUCAGUUCGCUUGUGUUAACGUGUUCCCAUGGAUGAAAUCUCAACCCCAGCCACACAGCUGUGACGUGUGUGGCCGCUCCUACAAGUACAAGGACAACUUGACCCGUCACAAGCGCCAGGAGUGCGGCAAGGAGCCUCAGUUCGCUUGUGUUAACGUGUUCCCAUGGAUGAAAUCUCAACCCCAGCCACACAGCUGUGACGUGUGUGGCCGCUCCUACAAGUACAAGGACAACUUGACCCGUCACAAGCGCCAGGAGUGCGGCAAGGAGCCUCAGUUCGCUUGGAAUCAGCUGGAAGUGGUGUUCAAACCGAAGCCCUGGAAAUGUAUCCCGACCUCCCUCCGCUUGACGGACCCUGACAGCCACGUGCCCCAGUGGGGGAACUCCCGCCGCUGUGCCGUCUGCUCCACCAAAGCCCUCCCGAAGAGAUCGAGGUUCUACUGCGUCGUCUGCAACGUCGGCCUACAUCCCGAGUGUUUCGCUCUCUUCCACAGCAAGCCCAUAUUCACUUGCCCGAACUGCCACCGCAGCUACAAGCACAAGACUUCGCUGACACGUCACCUGCGCUACGACGGCUGCGGCUCCGCCCUGGGCUGGAACCUCUUCACCUGCGAGAUUUGCGACUUCCAGACAACGAACAAGGCCGCCCUCACCAUGCACUACAGCUGGCCGCUGUUCGCCUGCGGGACGUGCGGGCGAGCUUACCGCUAUAAGACACACUUGUACCGACACAGGCGCUACGAGUGCGGCAAAGCUCCUCAGUUCCACUGUCAAUUGUGCCCCUACCGCGCUAAGAGAAAAGAACACCUGCAGGCCCACACUCUUAACAAGCACGCCGGCCAACAUUUCAGUAAAGUGAAUUUAGUUGGUCUGCCCGUAUACUGCUGUAAAGCGUGUGGGCGAUGGUACAAGAACAAAGAGACUCUGACGAGACACCGGCGCAUAGAGUGUGGACUGGAACCUCGGUGCUUCUGUCCUCUCUGCCCCUACAAGACCAAAGCGCAGAGACAACCUCCAGAGACACAUCGCUGUCAGGCACGCCAGAUAGCACAGUUUAGCUUGUUUGGUUGUACAACUGAAUCUCAGGCGGCCGGUACCCACGCCUGUGAUGGCUGCGGCAGAGUGUACAAGUACAAGCGCAGCCUGGCUCGCCAUCAGCGCUACGAGUGCGGCACCGAGCAGCAGUUCCCCUGUCCCAUGUUGUCAGUGCACGCGUGCGAUGUCUGCAACAAAGCCUACAAGUACCGCCGGAGUCUGCUGCGUCACAAGCGGUACGAGUGUCAGCAGCUAGAGGGCCAGUUCGCCUGUCAGUUCUGCUCCUACCAGACCAAGUGGAAGUCCAACCUCAGCAGCCACGUACUGUUCAGACACUCGGACAUGCUCGCCAUCUCUAAACCUAAAGUCGCCCAGAGGGCCAGUUCGCCUGUCAGUUCUGCUCCUAACAGACCAAGUGGAAGUCCAACCUCAGCAGCCACGUACUGUUCAGACACUCGGACAUGCUCGCCAUCUCUAAACCUAAAGUCGCCCAGGUUCUCCAUCAAUAGUCGCGAUGUACUACUCUACAAGUACCGCCGGACUCUGCUGCGUCACAAGCGGUACGAGUGUCAGCAGCUAGAGGGCCAGUUCGCCUACACUCGGACAUGCUCGCCAUCUCUAAACCUAAAGUCGCCCAGGUUCUCCAUCAAUAGUCGCGAUGUACUACUCUACAAGUACCGCCGGACUCUGCUGCGUCACAAGCGGUACGAGUGUCAGCAGCUAGAGGGCCAGUUCGCCUGUGAGACGUACAAAGUUAUCGAAGGAGACGAGGGCAAGCCCAGGUUCGUCUGUCUGGCGUGCAAUCGCUCCUACUCCCGUAAGCCUAACCUGACUCACCACCAGCGUCACGAGUGCGGCAAGGAUCCUCACUUCCUCUGUCCCGUCUGUCCGUACGGGGCCAAGCGCAGGAACACCCUGUACACUCACAUCAGCUUCCGACACAGGGAGUACUGGCAGGAGAACUACCAGACUCUCAACGCACUCAAACACAAGAGGCUGUUGAGCUGUUCACGAUGCCGCGACGUCCGGGCAGACCGCCGCAGUUUCCGUGCGGUUUGUGCGGUAAGAGGUACAACCGCAAGGACAACCUACUACGCCAUCAGCGCUUGGAGUGUGGUAAAGCGCCGCAGUUCAAGUGCCCGCACUGCCAUCACCAGUAUCACAGAUUAUAACAGUAUAACUGUCCUCGUCCUCCUAGGAUUUCUCUCCUUGGUGAACGAUGUGGGAAAAGGACCUCUCCACUUCCUCUGCGGUGACUGCGGUCGGCACUAUAACCGCAAAGACAACCUACAGAGACACCAGAGGCUCGAGUGCGGCCAACAACCGCAGCUAGAGUGUCCGCACUGUCCGCAUCGCGUCAAGAGGAAGGACAAACUGAAGACUCACAUCGCUCUCAAACAUCCAGAGGAGUACCGGGGAAACCUGUUAAGGGAGAUGCAAGGCAACGCUACAACCGCAGAGCUGCAAGAACCGCAGCAGUUUCCCUGCGAGAGGUGCGGUCGAAGGUACAGCCGCAAGUACAACCUCCAGCGACACGUGCGGUUGGAAUGCGGUAAAGAACCGCAGCAACAGUGUCCGCACUGCCCGCACCGCGCUAAACGUCGCAACGACUUGCGUACCCACGUCUUCCUCAAGCACGCCGACCAGUGUCAAGAAAUGGACUUAUUGUUAUGUAAGCAGUGUAAUGUAAUACAGCUAAAUAUACUAGUGCUAGAACUUGUUGUUAUAGUUUCAGAGCUGUUACCUGCUUUGCUCAGUGGUUUCGAGGCUUCGCAGAUGUUUCCGUGCGGUAGGUGCGGUCGCCAGUACACACGCAAGUACAACCUGUUGCGGCACGUGCGGUUGGAGUGCGGCAAAGAACCGCAACACCAGUGCCCGCACUGUCCGCACCGUGCGAAGCGCAAGAACAACCUCAAAGUCCACAUCGUGACGAAGCAUCCCGAGCAGUGCGUGGACACAAGCUUUCGAUUAUAUGUAUCAGAGAUUCCAAGCAGAGAGCGUUCAUAUAUACUUGUAUAUCUCUCAUAUUCACUAUUAUUGAGAUCGGUCAAAAAUAAGGUAGAUCUAAGCACUAAGUUUAGGCUUAAAAUCCUAAUGAAAGUUAAUUUCGUAUGGACAGUUGCGGGCUUGUUCUCGCUCAUGGAAGGCAGUUCAGUAGAUCUGAUGCGGUUUCCCUGCUACCAGUGUGGUCGACAGUAUAAUCGCAAGAAGAACCUACAGCGCCAUCUGCGGAUAGAGUGCGGUAAAGAGCCUUUGAACCAGUGCCCGCACUGCCCACAGCGCACCAAGAGGAGAAACAACCUCAAGAGUCACAUUUUCAUCAAACACCCUGAUAAAUGCAAGGAAAUUGUGUUUUUUUCAGUUUCAGAGUUGUUACCGGCCUUGUUCAGCGGUUUGGAAGGAUCCCAGGUGUUUCCAUGCGGUAACUGUGGAAGUCAGUACAACCGCAAAGACAACCUGCAGCGUCACUUGCGGUUGGAGUGCGGUAAGGAACCGCAGAAUCAGUGUCCGCACUGUCCACAUCGUGCUAAGAGGAGAAACAAUCUAAGGACCCACAUUCUUUUCAAACAUCCUGACAAAUUCUAGAAGGUUUUGUACUAAUAAAAAUAAAAGUACUUUUUUAAA